AUGAAGUUGUUUCAAAUUUAUCAUUCACUUAUCAUGCUUUCAUUAAUAACAACAUCAACAUUAGCUAUGAAUUACUCCAAGGCGGGAUGCGAAGAUACGUGUGGGAACGUAACGAUUCCAUACCCUUUUGGAAUUGGAGCAAAAUGUUCCAUCAAUGAAUGGUUCGUUGUCGAUUGCAACUCCUCCACACCGUAUCUUCCUGCACUCAACCACCUGGAAGUCCUUGCUGUAAACUUGGAAAAUCAAACAGUCACUCUUUAUGUGCCAACUAUCUAUGAUUGCCAGAACCAACUCCUGAACAGGAGCCAUAUCUCAAGCAUCAUUCUUGGUAGUAGCCCCUUCCUGAUUUCCAAAUCACAAAAAAAAUUUGUUGUCGAGGGGUGUGCCAAUGCAUUCAUCUCGGACGAUAAGGGGAGUGUGGUCGCUGGAUGUUCAAAUUCUUGUCGCAACGACACUGUUAGCGAAGGCAACAAUUGUUACGGCAUCAAGUGUUGCACAGCCACACUUCCUCAUCAUCUCAAGUCAUACAGCAUGAAUCUAACGGGGUUGGGUGGAGAGGGUGCAUGUGGGUCUGCCUUCUUGGUGGAUGAGAAUUCAUAUGUUGAAGGAAGCUUCUUAGGCCAAUCUAUUGCUUCAGACAAUUGCUCUGUCCCCCUGUCACUUCUAUGGAUGCUAACAGACAGUGAUGAUUUGCAUCAAUCAUCUUGUUGUGAUCCGGGAGGGGACCGUAUAAGCUCUCCCGUGGAUUUGGGGAAUGGUACUUCAGUGGAUUCUCGAAUAUGCUACAAGUACCGUAAUUAUGAAGGAAACCCUUAUUUACCAUUUGGAUGCAAUGUAAAGGAAGAAUGUACAAGGUGUAUCGCUAGUGGAGGUUACUGUGACUACGGAGAAGAGACUUUAGCUUACGGCUAUAAGCUAAAUUGUAUUAUGGAUCCCUUUGGUGAUCCUCGUCACCUAAACAGUGAAAGAAAAUCCCAUCCCCUGGCUGUUAUUCUAG